AACUCCCUUACUUCCAUCCAAGCCAAGCAGUUCGCUGUCGCAUCUUGUGGCGACUGAGCCAGUUCACCCAACUAUAUUUCCUUCUCCAAAAGAUGGCCUUCACGACAUCUCCUCAAGCGCCGCGGCCGCUGGUGUUGGAGACCAUUACCGCACUGGGUGAUCUGACGGAGUUCCCGUCAUCCUCACAGGCCGCAGACACAGACAUGGAUAUGCGCGAUGCAGACUGGAUUGAGCAGGACGGAGAUGGGACGGGAUUCAAGACUGCGUACCCUCGUUCGGCCUUCAGUGACGGCGAAGCUUCGCUCCGAGGAGGCGCAGUCUACCGCCGCCCAGACGUUGCCUGGCUCCGAAAAGCAGCUGUGGCGUCGCGGAAACAAGACCAACCCCCGAGUAAGGAGGAGGACGAGAGCGAUGCGGUCGACUACGAAGAUCUGGACAGCUUCUCGUCAGACGAUGGCUACAGUACCAGCAGCGACUGGGACAGCUACGGCAGCCUUCCGCUCUUGAUAGACGAGUACGACAAGGCCGUCGCCCGCCUGGAGGGCAACGAGGACUGGAACGAGGAGCAGAAGAAGCUGCACAAGCUGAUCUACAUGCGCGGCCUGCACCCCAUGAUGCCGUCGUGGUGGAGAGUGAGCUUCAAGAUGUGGGGAGUCACGCAGCCACAUCUAGACGACGUCUUCACGCCCAAGCACAGCAAGAAGCGCGUCGCAAUCCAUGCCUACGGAAAUGAAGUAGCUGCAACCAAGGCUCUCGAGUCCCUGUUCCAGCUCUCCCAAAUCGUUACCGAUUACGAGGAGAUCGGGUAUCAGAGCAAGAUCUCGCCAACCAUCGUCAAGGGAAUCCAAGCCUACAUCAAGUGGGCCAUGCGUGACGCCGGGAUAGACAAGUCCAGAACAUUGCUCAACAUGCUCGUGCAAGCAUACCCUCCGGAUUUUGAUGAUGAACAGGCGAGUGAGGGAAGCGAUUACGUCCCAUCUCCCGUCAGCAGCAACGAGGAGGUUCGGGAGAACAACGAGCACCACCACGACGACGACGACGGCCAAACCGAAGCCCGGCAAGCAAGGCGCUUUACCCGGGCCGUUUCCCGAGAUCUGGAGAGGAGGCUGCUCAACCUGGGCCAGCGCUGGCGCGAUGUCCUCCGCGACGGCAGGCAUAGGGGCUACAUCGCGCAGCCGCCGACGCUGUACGCCUUCGCCGUCAUCCAGCACAUCGUGCUGCUCGCCAGCCACGACUCGAGCGAGCCGACCAACCCGGUCGUAGUGCUCGAGCAGAUCCGCCUGAACGACCGCGGCCAGUGGCUGUGGAACGCUCUGUCUCUCGCCCUCCCUGUCAACAUGGCGCGGGACGCGCUGACUAAUAUGUGGGACACGGGUGUCAUUGUUGCGGUGCAGGACGACUCUGCAUCAGAUCCCGAUUUGUGACGGGGCGAAGGUUGAUGGUUUUGCUCGUUCCUGCGUGUGAUGGUGGAUAUUUUAAUGGAGUAGGGAAUCAUCGUCGCAAG